UAAAGAUAUACAUUUACAUGUAUAGUUGAAUUUUUGCUGUUAAUAAGUUAUAUCUUGUAUUUGUAUAAGAAAGCAGUUAAGUAAGCUACAAAAUAUGAUACCUUAAAGCAUGUAAAAGAAUGAAAUAAUUUGAACCAUUUUUUUGUUGUUUUUAAAGAAGAUGGUUUAUGAUUAAAUUAUUAUCAAGGCACCAUGUAAACACAGCUUACUGCAAUGACAGCCCAGGUAGUUUCAUUAUGAAAACAUACCUGUCAAGUGACAUUGCACAAGCAGGUGAAAAGCAUAACUAACUGAAUUCUUUAUAUUUAUAACAAAAAUUGAAACAAGGAAUUAUCAAAUCAGAUGUAUGGUUUUAUGUAAUUUAUUUCUAAUGCACCUUUUUUCAUGCAUUUACAUCUGCAGAAGGGGUGGUCAGACUUAUUAAAUCCUUUGAUCUGCAGGCUUGUGUGCUUCUGCAAUUGUUAAUGCACAAAAAAGGUGGAUAAAACAAUGAUAUAAUGCUGUGGUAUAAGUCAACGUUCUAUGAGCUUUGUCAGCAGACAUCAUUAUUCUCAAGUUAUGUAAUAGCUGAUAUAAAAUACUUGAUACAUUUUUAUGAUAUGUCUUUAGUUUAAGUUUUUGAAAUGUUUGUUUAUGAGUGAGGGUAAACUUCUACCUUAAUCAUGACAGAAAACACUUCUCUUUAAUGAUGACCUUUGAAGAAGUUAUUCACUGCAAAUCUAAUGUAAAGUCCACCUCUAUUACUAUGCAGUUAGUUGAUAUUGCAAUAUCCAUUUGUGAUGCCCAUUCAAAGUACUUCUCUUGUAGUAUGCCAAGUAAGUGGUUUUGUUAUCAUUUAAGGACACACUUAAGAUAACAUAAAUUAGCACUUGUCAAACACUUAACAUGUAAAAUUGGUUAACUUUAUUAACACCUUUAAUAAUAUACAAUCUAUGUAUUUAUAUUAUAACUCUCACUUGGUGUCUACUACUGCCUGUGGGUAAUUGAAGGGUUCUAAAUUUCCUGAUUUAAUCUUGUUUUAUCAAUUAUAAGUGUCCUGUUUUAAGUUUAAAGGUACAGGAAAUAUUAUGAAGACAGAUGUGUUAUCUGUAUAAUAAUUAAAAGUCACAAUGAUAAUGUGAUAAGUUAACAGCUUCUGUUAUCUCUAAAUUUAAGGGGUAAAAAUAGGAUCUGGAUGAUAAAGAUCUUGAUACUGGUAGUCAUUCUUGGUUAUAUCCCUGUUUUAUUGGUCAUCUUAAAUUGAAUGUUUAUAUACUAGUUGAUGUAGUAAAAUAUAGUUGUCUGUAGCAGAUGUUUUAAAGACUAAAUGAUUUAUCACAGAAUAUUCUGUUUAGCUUUUUAAAUAUGUGAUACUGCUUCAUAUUGAAACUUACAAUCACUAUAAAUAAUUAGUCAUUGUGUGAAAUAGCAUAUAAGAUCUACAGCAAAGUACAAGGAUUUUUAUAUCAUUAUUUUGGUACCAUUAUAAGCAUGAUGAUGAAAGUUUUAGGAGAUGCCUUUAUACAUACACUGUUAGUGUUUGAAAGCAAGAAACUAUCAUAUGGUAAUUAUAUGUUUGUUGAUAAUGUACGUGAAUUAUUUUACCCAGAAUUGAAUAUAGAUUUGAGCAAGGAACCAGCUCUAGAUGAUGCUGGUAGGAACCAGAUGUUUGAAGAAGGUUUGAAGCUGGAUAAAGAAGGAAAAAAAGUGGAAGCAUUGAAACGAUAUCUAAAAUGUCUCGUCGGUUUGAAAGAGAAUUCAAGAUUUGCAUUGCUACCUCAAUGCUUGCGAAAUAUUGGUGAUAUCUAUUAUGGUAGAGAUGAAUUUGAUAAAGCAAUCAGUUUUAUCCAGGCAGAGAAGUUAUAUUAUGAAAGUGUUCUCAUAGAUGACACAGAGUUACAGAAACAUAUAGAUGAAGUAACAAAGCAGGGUGCUGGUGAUACAGCUGACACUAAUAUUGAUGCCCUCAGAGCCUCAGAAUAUGAGCAGCUUGCUAAACUAUGUCUUGAUGAAAAACAACCACAGUUAGCACUAGAAUAUGCAGGCAAGUGUACAAAGUUAAGACAGAAAGUGUAUGGUGACAAUAAUCCCCUUGUUCAACAGAGUCUUGAUUUCUUUGCUACAGUCUAUGCUGAGGUUGGAAAAGUUCAAUACACAGAAUCAAUGAGUAAAUAUGCCAAGUCUGGGGAACCAGAUAUUACCUCCCCUACUGUGUCAUGGGAGACAACUCCAGCAGACACUCCUGAACCUACCUCAAUAUUGAGAAAAAGAAAGAAUACUGAAGGUGACAGAGAAAAGAAGGUUAGGUUUGAUGAAUCACAAGUGCCUUCAGAUGCCGAGCUUGAUAGAGAGGAGAAAUGUGCCCGCUUUGUGCUCCUGUGUUUCUUUUUUAUUUUGUUGUUUGUCCUGUUCCUUCUUGGCAUUUAUUUGUUCUGCAGACUACAAUCACCAUCAACAUGUACAAAUGUUGGUUAUUUCUUCUCGGACACGGUCAUGCAGAUAAAGUUCUGGUAUUACAAAUUAUUCUCCAGUGCCAACUCUAAAUACACAUAGCUUUCACGAGGGAGGACAGAAGAACAGCUGUGGUGAUACCAAGUCUCAAAGAUUCAAACUUGGCUCUUUUUAACAUUAUGUUGUUUAGUUUUAUAUAUACAUGAAUAUGAAAUAUUUUUCAUACAAUAUAAAUAUGUUGUUCCUGGUGAAUCAAAACUGAAAAUGUAGUCACAAUUAUUUAUUGUAUUGAUUUGUCUUCAAGUAUGUUCAAAAUUUAGUCUUUUUUGUAAUUUUUUAAACAAGUACUUUUUACACUGUUUCAAAUUUCUUGCAAUAUAGAUGUUUUUAAUGAAAUAAAUUUGCAUAUUAAAAGAAAGUCGGGAAAAUAAUUUUAUCAGAGCCUAUUUCAUGCUAUUUUGUUACUUAGAAAGAAUAAAGAUAUUUAGAAAGAAAAAAGAAAAUAUGUCCUAUGAAAUCGCUUUAAGAUGUUAAUUUCUUUUGAAUCCUUUUUAUCAAUGGUUUUGUGAGUUCAUUGUUUUGAAGGUUUGUAUGGUAUAUAAGAAUCUUUAUGCAUCUGUUUAUAGUUUUACUUACAUUGAUAUGUUAACUGUAUUGAUGUUGUACACAAAUGGCAAGGCUUUACCUGUGAUACAAUUACUUUAUAUAGGUGAACAUUUUAUGGUGUUUCAAUUUUAACUUGUUGGUGAAAUAGUAUCCAUGAUGUUAAGAUUAAGAGGUUCUUUUUUUGUUGAAAGUAUGUGUACUCAAGUAUCAAUUUUGAUUACCGAUACAUCUAUACUAGAACUUAAGUUCGAGCAUUAAAUUAACCAGUAACUCAUUGCCAUCCCUACAAAAAACUUUGCUGUUUGAAAUGAUUUCUUUUAAGAGAUAAUGUGUACAUUCUUAUUUUUGAAUUAUGAAUAAAUUUUCAGACAAACACAUGUCAACCACAGGUUUCAAUAUACAUUCUUCAGGUUUUAAGUCGGUGCUUUCAUAAACAACUGUAUCUACUUAUAAUGUGUGAAAGUGUCCCACAAAAAAAAAGAAUGAUGUCUGUACUUAAAUGAAGGCAAAGUUAAUACGAAUUGUCUGAAUUUAGAAAUUAUUGUACAUAUGUAUGUUUUUUAUUGACAUGUAAAUUGUAACUUCUCUCUGUGAUAAGGGUGGUACUAUAUACAGUACUUCCUAGUUGUGAUUUGAGCAGCGUCACGACAAAACUAACGUAAUGGGUUUGCGACCAGCAUGGAUCCAGACCAGCCUGCGCAUGCGCACAGUCUGAUCAGGAUCCAUGCUGUUCGCUAUCAGUUUCUCUACUUUUAAAAGGGUUUGUAAGCGACCAGCAUGGAUCCUGAUCAGACUGUGCAGAUGCGCAGGCUGCUCUGGAUCCAUGCUGGUCGCAAACGCAUUAUGUUGGUUUUUUCAUGUUGCGGCUCAUUUAUGUCUAAAUAUUCAGAUAUUUCAGGCUUUAUUUUUGUUAUCACUGUGCAGCUUAUCUAUGUUUUGCUAUGUAAGAAUGUGUUGUUUUUAUGUUUGUUUUUUUGUUGUUGUUUUUUUGUUAAUUGAAUUUAUUCAUUUAAGUUACUUCAAUUUAUGUUUAGAAGAGUUGAGUAAAUGUAUGUUGUUUUACACAGGUUAUCUUUAUUCUACAGUCAUUCAGAUGUGUUUUGCUUGUAAUAUAUAAUACAAAAAAAAAUUAAAUAACUUUUUGGUAAGAAAUGCUCAAAUAUCAAUGUUGAUUAAGUCACAUGAGUGAAGAAAAACUUCAAUAUCAAGAUAUUAAUAAUAGUGAAAAACUGAAA